GUGCGCCGCCCAUUCCAGCUCCAGCUUCCUGGUCCAAGAUCUGCACUUCCCUCUGUUCUUUGCAUCUCAACUCUCUUAGAUCUCCCUCAGCCACACUCUCCGAACACUCCCUUCGCAACCGUGAAAGUUUCUCUGCGACGUCUGACGAUGGGGUCCCUUGAGCAUGGCAAGAGUAACAUACGCUGGGGCCGUGGGAGGCACAGAGGGACCGCACUCACUCUGAUCUGUGUCACAUCCUUGUGGCUGCUGCGCUGCUUCCUCAGUUUCUCCCGCUGAGGUCAAGAGGGCCCGUGACGCCUGGAUUGAGGCCGGUACGGCGAAGAGUCGACAAAGGAGGCGACACCAGUCAUCUUUGUGACUGUCCCAUCACUCUCUGUGUCUUGUGCUGUGUUGUGGUAUGGGCGCGUGCAGUCAAGACGCUGAACCCCGACAACGUAGCCAAGCUGUACGCCACGCCCGACUCCACUGGUGCACGGGGCUGGCUCCUCGGUAAGACAAUACAAGACAGCCACCGCACCGCACCGCAUCGCAUCGCACAGACAUGCCUGCCUCGUACGGGAUGUGUGGUGGUUGAUGUGAUGUCGCUCGCUCAGGCACUGUUGACACGCGGGCGACUUACCUGCGUCAGAACUCCGACAAGAUCAAGGAGUACUUUGUGGGCUUCCUCGCAAAGGACAAGAUCGAGCCCAACUUCCCCGAGACCGUCACGGAGGACGACAUCAUCCAACUCGGGCCGGGCGUCGUCGCUUACAACGGGUAAGAAACCACCCCAGACAGACAGGCAGGGGAGGGAGGGAGGGGAAGGACGCUUGCUGGAGUGGGUGUGCCCUGUUUGUUGUGUGCAGGUAUUACGACUUCCACUUCUGGAAGGGCGGCAAGCAGACGUGCGCCCACGCCAAGUUCACCUACAUCUACCAGCGCAACCCCAAGACCGGCGGGCUCGACAUCAUCCUACACAACUCGGGUCAGUCAGACAGGCAGACAGGCAGCCACCUGACCUGACGGACAGCCAGGGACACACACACAUCAACACGCAACACCCCUAAACAUCCUCUGUCCGUUGCAUGCUGUGUGUUGGUGCCUGCCUUCAGGUUUGACGCCUGAGGGCGUGACUGGCGACACCGGCUCGGGCAGCCAGGUGACGCGCUACCUCCCCUUCAUCGUCGCCGGCUCCAUCGCGAUCGCGUCCCUCGUCGCCCUCGCCGUCACAGUCAAGAAAUAGAAGCUGACGAGUGCACGAUGGGAUGGAUGGGAUGCAUGGGCGUACUUGACAGACAAAUGGGUUUGCUGAUGUGUGUUGGUUGUCAUGAGAGGGACAGGGAGGACUUGUGUGCUUCUUGGUGGGGGAGGGGGGAUGUGCGCGUGCAGCUUUUUGAUACAGACGCAGCUACUGCGUGCCUGCCUGCCUUGCUGCCUGACUGACUGACUGCUGGGGCAAGAGCUGCAUCGAUCGUAUGAGCUGGCUCUUGGCUUCACGCCUGUGUGUGUGAUGUGGUCGGAUGCCAGUCGUUCGUCUUCACACGCCCUUCACACCACCAGACAGAGACGCUGUUCCUACUGGUCAUCACACCUGCCAUCCAUCCAUCCAUCCGACGUGCGUCUCCUGUCAAUGUGCUGUGGAUUGCGUGACCAACCACUACGAGCACCUGGGGUCAAUUGACCUCCGUGGCCGAUUUUUGUCCAAUCGAUGUGAUUGUUGUGUUGUGAUAUGGUGUAGUGUGGUGUGGAGUGGUGUGCGUGUGCAUGGGGCCGAGCGAAUGAUCCACACUGAUGAAUGGCUGAUGGAUUUCACCAACGACGGGGAGGAGGGGGGGGGGGGGAUGAGAAGGGAUUUUUCUCCCACAUAGUGGGCACGGGGUUGGUGGGAACUGUUUCUUUGCUGGCUCUUCUGGGUGGUGGGCUUCAUGCCAUGGGGCUUCAUCGGGCUUUACUCAUCUUAUCGCCACACACAUACGCUACAUGGUGGGUGCCGUGACUCCAUGCACCGAGGGGUGGACCGGACCACAAAUGAGCCAGUACUAAUUCUCAGUCUGUUGGAUGAGAUGUGAGCUUGCUUGAUCAACGAACGCACUUCAUGCUCAUGCACCGAACCCCGCCCGAGACGUAGAGCUUUUCGCAUAUGCGUCGACCGACCGAUGUGUGUUGGCUGUGUUGGUGUGUCUGUCUGCCGCCACUUCCCUUAUGCACUGCACGUACCAACGAUUCGUUGACGAGUUGUCAGACUAUUUCUUCGACACACCAGUCGAAGGAUCGAUAGCCUACGAACUCUUCGUCGGAUGUCGGUCGUGCGUGGGAUUGGGAUGAGCUGUGGUGUGUUGUGUUGUGUUGGUGGGGUCGAUGGUACAUUGGACAUGUCUGUGAUGACGCGCCUUUACGAACAACAGCAUGCAUACCAGCGUCGGACUGUCAAUUGAUUGAUUGUCUGAGGCGACGACUGAAAGAAAGAAUGGGACGGAGAAAAUUCCGAAGCCACGCACACACACGGGUGUUUUCAAAGGCAUCGCAUAAGCAUGCAGCACGGAUGGGCUGUCUACCGGGCAGUAGCGAGGAGUGUUAAAAUCGUG